UGGAGGGAGAGGCCUUUCCCGGGGCCUGGCUCCGGGGCGGGCCGUCGCAGGGGCCUGACGGGCCUGGGCAGGCCUCUCAGGACUGGGUGGCUUUGGGCGCUCAUUCGGAAAAGCUUUAGUCGUUAAUUAAUCUUUCUGCUCUGGAAAGGGUUGGGGGUUUUUGGUGAAACUUUGCCUGUGUAGUUCUCUUACCGACGAAUGUGAGCUGGUCGUGUUUCUGCCCUGAGCUGAUGAGGCACCCUGUAGUGCCCCUGUGGCGGCUCUCGCUAGCUCGAGCCCCUGGCGGCCCGGGAGCCGAGCGGCAGUGAGUUCACCCCAGUACGGUCCCCUGCACAGGCCACACGCUCCGCGGGAGCUGCUUCUCUGGCUGUGAUUAGGCCAAUAGCUGGUUAAACAUAACGCAUCAACAUUAACAUGGUGUAUCCAGUCUCCUGUGAAAUGCUGAAAGGCAAACCUGAAGAAGAAGCCAAGAUGAAAUACUUCUGGUUUUGCUGAAGCAGGGAGGAACGGGAAGCAGUAUGUGUGGUAUCGUCUCAGUCCAGCUCUGGGGGCUAGAGUUACAGAAGAACUGGCAUAAUGAUGAAGUGCUACAAGUAUCCAGAGUGCUGUUAUACAGAUAUGAAGAUCCAGGACAGCUGCUUCUUUUACUUUCACAUCUUCAGAAGCUAGCGUUCCCUGCGCUGCUGCUGUUGAGAAGACCUGCCGUCCCCGGCAGCCCCAUGUGCGGCGCACCUCUUCGCUGGACACCAUUGUGGGCUCCUACCUUUUGGGACAGUGGCCAAGGGACGCCGAAGGAGCUCCCGCUUCGUGCAUGAAUGACAAAGCUACCCAGCCGUGUUUCUCGUCACUUCAGACUCCAGUGUCCUGGCAUGACGCGGAAGUGGGGAAAGCCAGCUCCGGUGCUCACAAGCGUUCUGCUUCUUGGGGUAGCACAGAUCACCGCAGAGAGAUUGCCAAACUGAAGCAGCAGCUCCAGCGAACAAAGCUAAAUGGCAGAAGUGGCAAAGAAAAGGAGAAGAGCUCCCCGCUCCAGGGGGACCAUGCUGUCCUUGGAUCGCUCAGGGACUCUCCUUCAGGCUUCCUUUCUCCAUCUCCCAUUUUGAGGCUCAGCCCCUGCUUGCACAGGAGCCUGGAAGGGCUGAACCAGGAGCUGGAGGAAGUGUUUGUGAAGGAACAGGGGGACGAAGAGCUUCUGCGGAUACUGGAUGUCCCAGAUGGCCACAGGGCUCCGGCGCCUGCCCAGAGGGGCUCUGGAGAUGCGUCCCUGACUCUGGAGCCCAGCAGUGGCAGCUGCAGCAGCCUUUCUCUUUCUCCUUCCCCUUCCGUGCCUCUCCGCCUUUCUCCACACACCCCGGUGAGACUGGCAGCAGAAGAACCCUCCUCUGCGGCGGACGAGGCACAGCCAGAUCCAAAGGAGAAAGAGGAGGGCAGCCCUUCACCAGUCCUGGCCUUUGCUUCUUCUCCUCGGCCCAACCACAGCUACAUGUUUAAACGGGAACCUCCGGAGGGAUGUGAGAAGGUCCGGGCCUUUGAAGAAGCUUCCUCCCCCAGCCCAGAUCAGCCGUUUCAGCCUUCCUGCCCGGAUAAGAACAAAGUGCACUUCAACCCCACCGGUUCCGCCUUCUGCCCCGUCAGCCUGGUGAAGCCUCUUUUCCCAAACGUGGGUUUCCUCUUCCGGGGCUUCCCAGCUUCUUCCAGCGCUGGCGCGGGCACGUUUACAUCCUGCCAGCCCACAGCCCCCGCUCCCUUCCUCGGGGUGCGGAAGGACGCUGCAGUAGACGGCUUCAGCGAGGCCUCCAAGUCUCCUUCACUGAAUUACGAACACUGGAAACGCGGCCAGCCCGAGGAGAGCGUCGUCUUCCACAGCUCUCUGGUGGUGUGAGGCCUUUGGGAAAGGCAGCCAGCAAGAGCAGCUCCGGCUCCUCGGGGUGUCUCUGCCAGCCUGGGGAGACUGGUGCCUUGAUGGUGGGAUGUGAGAGCCGAGAGGCGGCGCUGGGACAGAGAACCACAGCAGGCAUCCUCUGCGGGUGAUGGAAACUGUGAAGGACAGUGUGCCACGGGACUCCUCGCUGCUGGAGAGGCUCACUUCUCCGAGCCUUCCCUCUUCAAAGCACUUUCCUGUGUUGAAUUGUCUUUGUUUCCUGUGUGAUUGUUUUGCUGGUGGGGGGCAGAGGGAAACUCCUGCUUCGUGGCUCUGUGGGGGAGGUUGAGCUGGGAGAGUUCAGCUGGGGCUCCCGUAGCCCCUCUCACGCCUGCGGCUGAACCCUGGGGAGCAGGGGCGGGGGCCGGCGCCUGUCGGGCAGCUGCCUUUGGAUGUGCCGGAGCAGAAGACGUUUAUCUGCACUGUUAAGACAGCUCAUCUCCCUCGGAGCACAGAGAGGAGAGCGGUGGAUCCCUGACCGUGCCUCCCCGGACACCUUCACCCCUUGGUAGAGGCUGGAGCGCUGAGAAUCCUGCGCCGAACGGGAGCGCGGGUGAUACGGUGCAGGUUUGCACAGGCCUGUGCCCCGGGGGAGGGAGGCAGAGGCGUGGGUGGGGAAGGGGCUUCCAGGUGCCUCGGCCGCGCUGCGGGACGAGGGGCUGAAGUGAAAACUGAGCACAGCAAAGUCCCCGCUGGGGGGGGGUUGUGGCUGCUGUAGAGAACCCCCCGCUGCUCCCAGCCUGGCCGGGGCUGGCUCCGGGGGGGGGACGGGCCCCCUCUGCCUCGCCCAGGGUCCGGCUGCGGGGUCAGUCCUGGCGCGGUGCCUUCAGAGGCAAAGCGGUAACACGGGAACGUGGAUUGUAAAAGCCUCUUGACAACAAAAGUAUUUGAUUUUUGUGUUCAGUUGCAAAGGCUCUGGGUUGUACUGAAGAAGCCUAUUUUCUUGUAUCUGAUGUAGAAACUCUAUUUUCUUCCAAAGACACUAUUUUUGCAGCUGUUUGAAGUUUGUAUUUUAUGUAUUGCAAAGCUUAAAGGAGGAAUGUUGGCUCUGGAGUUCUUGUCCUGUGUUUUAGAGGGGUUUUGCAGAUGCUGGUAUUGCCAGUUAAAAGGAAACAAAAUAAAUAUUUCAGGCAUCC